AUGAAUAUCGUACGGUUGCUUUUGAUUCUGUUCCUCUUUGGUUCAGCUGAAGCUGGAAAGCUGUUGGUUGUUCCAUCAGAUGGCAGUCACUGGCUUGGGAUGAAGCCUAUUGUGGAGGAGCUGGGGAGAAGAGGUAACCAGGUGGUGGUCGUCAUCCCAGAGGCUAGUCUGAGUAUGGGUCCAUCAGAACAUACCACCACUCUUACUUACCCAGUGCCCUACACUAAAGCUGAGCUAGAAGGGAACAUAGCAGAAGAAUUAGACACUAUUCUGAGUAUUGAUAUGACUUCAGACCUGGCCAAGUUCCAGGGAUUCCUCUUUUCACUGAACAUUCUUCAGACGUUAACCGUGAGGAGCACUGAGAGUCUGCUUUUCAACGAGGACCUCAUUAAGAAACUGAAAGACUUCAACUUUGAUGCUAUCCUCACGGAUCCGUUUGAGCCUGUCGGGGUUAUUGUUGGUGAAUAUCUUUCGGUUCCAGCAAUAUAUAUGCAAAUAAAUCACCCUUGUGGUGUGGACACUCUUGCCACUCAAUGCCCGACUCCAGCCUCUUAUGUUCCUCAAAUUUUUACUCAGUUUACUGACCACAUGAGUUUUUGGCAAAGAAGUGUGAACGCUGUAAGGUCUCUGCUGCAACCUAUGGCUUGUGGAUAUUUAUUUACUCAUGCAGAUGAGAUUGCCUCACGUUUACUUCAGAGAAAAACAUCUGUGGUGGACAUAAUGAGUCGUGCUGCUCUCUGGUUCAUGCGUUUCGACUUUGCCUUGGAAUUCUCACGUCCGGUGAUGCCCAACAUGGUCAUGAUUGGAGCCACUGUUAGCCAGAAACCAAAACCUUUGUCACAAUUUCUCUGGCGUCUCGGACCUCCGCUCUCUUCACCUCCCGGCAUCGCCUCACAAGGGAUCACCACAGUCAUCCGGAUUCUGCCAGCGGGUCGAGACCCCUCCCCGCCGAGCUUCCGUUAGAGUCAAGGUUUCUCCUGUUUGGAUUCUAUUACCGUUCUUACCGUGAGUGCCGCUGGGUCGAGUCAUCUCCCCACGGGCUCACGAGGUACCUGUAGCUGGUCCGGUGGACAGUUGUGUGUUCAAUAAAACCCUCUUUUUUUCCCGCAUUUGAGUCUCCGAAUUUCUUAUUCCUACCUUGUCUUGACAGAACGGUCUGACCAAACUGGAGAUUCAGCGGGGAUGGAUCCCUUCCGCAAUGCUCUGCAACAACAGGGGGUCGCCCUCGGACAGCAGGUCACACGGCUGAAUGCCACUACACAGGAAGUGGGAAAUCUUGUAGGUCAAG